GUGUAAAGAGGCGUUCUGUGGGAGUUUGGAGGAAGGUGCAUGUUGUUGAGCGAAGCGAGGGAAGAUGGCGGUUACCGGGGUAUGGGUUCAGGUGUGCCUGCUUCUGUGGGUGCUGUGUGGGUUCACAGCUGCGUCACUGGGGUUCCUGAACCUGGAGGAGCUGAUGGAGAUGAAGUACGGGAUAGAGAUCUUGUCCGAGCCGGUGAUAAGGGGACAGAGCAAAGCUGACAACAUUGUAACAAUUGCCUCAAAAUACAAGCAGAACUAUGAAUGUAAGCUCCCAGCAAUCGCUGUAAAAUUUCAGCAGGAGAAGGAGGAAGACACUCGGGCCUACUCUGGACUUGGAAUUUCUGAUCUCCUAAAACCUAUGGAAGCUGCACCAUGCCUAACCAAGACCAAAGACUGGUGGACAUAUGAGUUCUGCUAUGGAAAACAUUUACAGCAAUACCAUAUUGAAGAAUCUGAAGUAAAGGGAGACAUCUUGUACCUUGGGUACUAUCAGUCGGAAUUUGACUGGGACAAUGAAACUGCAAAGGCUUCUAAACAUCACAAACUAAAGCGCUACCACAGCCAGAUGUAUGUGAAUGGUUCUAGGUGUGAUCUGAAUGGAAAGUCCAGAGAGACAGAGGUUAGGUUCAUGUGUGAAGAAGGUUCUGGAGACUACAUUGCACGUGUGGAUGAGCCACAGUCUUGUACUUAUGUACUAACUAUACAUACCACUCGCAUCUGCAAUCAUCCAUUCUUGCGUCCUCCUUCUACAGGCACCCCACAGUCUAUAAGGUGCCAACCUGCACUCAGCCCUGAGCAGUAUGUUGAAUAUGUUAAAGCUCAAGUCUCUGACACAAAGCGCAUUGUGGAGGAAUUGUCAGAAGAAUUGAAAACCCUUGAUCUUAAUACAUUGCCAAACAAAGGCUCUGCCUCCUCGGAUCAUGAGAAGCCCCUAAAUAUAGCAGAAACAGCAGAGGAACAUCCACAAGAGGAGAGCGUUGAAGAUUCUGCAGUUGAAGAUUCUGCUGUUGAAGAUUCUGCUGCAGCUGAGAUUGAUGAAGGUGGUGCAAAGCUAGAGCAAGAAGAAGCAGAGAUCUGGAAUAAGAUAAGUCCGAGUCAAGAUGCCGAAACACAGAUGUCAGAUACUGAGCCCACGGAAGGAGUAUUUCCCAAUCACAAUAAUCCAACUGAAGGGGCACAAGGUACACACAAGACUCUCCGCUACAAAAUAAUAAGAAAUCCAGAAGACUUGAUGAAGUUUAUUGAAGAUUUAAAAAAACCUGAAAAGGAUGAAGACAAACUUUCCUCCGAGAGUAAAGAGGCACAGACUGAAACCGAAUCAAGUGCAGUUGAUGAGCUGAAAAAUGCGGAGGAUGAAGAUGAAAAGGCUCUAAUGCAGGAAUUUGAGAAAGAGUUGGAAAACUUCCUCCUUCCCAAGUCUGAUGUAUCCCAAAUUAAGGACAAUGUGAAAACGGAGAUGGCGAAGGAAUUUAACAACAUUAUCGAUGAGGCUCAAGAAGAGUUGGAAACCGAAGGUUUGAAGGGGGAGUUUGACAGAAAGCAAGCCACUAAAUCACUUGCCACCACAUUAAAUAAAUUAAUAGAUAAAUUGGACAAUGCUGCAGAGGAUAAGGGAGAAGAGACAGAGCCCGGGGAAAGCAAUGAAGUCACGACACAAGGAAACAAUGAGCCUGCUUCCAAAGCCCCAACUGAUGAUCAUUCGGAUGGCCGUGUAAAAGUCAGGGUUACUAAGAUACGGAGGGGCAGCUCUGAGCAUACCGAGAGGAGGUUGAAGGAAAUGAGCAGCGAAAACCCACAGAUGAAACUCAUUGAAAAUGUUGUAAAAGACCUGCUUGAAAAGGAAGGCCUGAAGGCACAAGGCAAAAUAGAGAUAAAAAUCCUAACUGGGGGUUUUGGAGAAGAUGAUGAUGGACACUGGCUUUCAGAGGAAGAUACAAAGAACCUAAAAGAGAUCUUUUUCAACUUACUGAUUCAUGGGACAGAAGAUGCACACAAAGAACAAAAGAGACAACAGCAGCUAGAAGAUAAUUAUCGCUUUGUCUGGAACCAAAACCAAGAUGACACAAAGAGCAACAGCGCUUCUACGGACUCUGAUGAUGUGGAUUUCUAACCUGAACUAUUAGGGAAUUCACCAGCACAGACCAGAUUGCCUGACUUUGCCCUGUGGACUCGAGCUUUGCAACAAAACUUUAAGGAAAAUGUGUUGCUUCUGGAACAAUGGGAGGGAUUGCAAGCCUUUAGAAGAAUAUACAGAGGCCUCAGUCUAGCUUGCAAUAGUUUAAAUCCAGCGUUGGAGGAUCUGCUGGCUGUGCCAAGCACAACCGGCAGAAUAAAAGCAAUGUUUCCUUCUCCCCCCUUUUUUUUAUUUAAUUUUUAUUUUUUCUCUUUCCUGAAAAAUGUAGUUUGGAAACUUCAUAGCUGUGACCACAGCCUCCUCACCCACCAAUAUGAGCAAAUACUACUUUGUUUUUAUUUUCCAAUCAGAAUGUCACAAUUGCUAUACUGCCAUUCAUGCUAACUGUGCAUAAAGCUGUACAUUCCCCUUCAAAGUACUUGCCUACAUGUGUUCCAAUGAUGGUCAUCAUGGUACACAGAAAUGCAGAAUUCACUUUUAUUAGGAAAGAUAUUGUGCUGAUAAUAAAACUGCUAACAAAAUGAAUGACAGGAAGAAUGUAAAUGUUGCUGUUGUAUAGCUCAGGAAUUCUAGCUUUGCUUUUUAAGUAUUGAGAAUUGAUAUAUGAACUAGCUUCAAACCUGGCAAAAAGUAGAUGCUAUAAUGGGGAGGCACACUAUGCUGUUUCAGCUUGAAAGCCAUUAGAAAAAUAAUUGUCACCUCACUGCCAUCUUUUCUGACCAAGAUAGGCUGCUUUAGAAAUGUUUUUUUUUUAACACCUCCUCCAUGAGGCUUCAUUCACAUUGCCGUAAAAAAAAUAGUUUUUAUGAAACUGAGUGCACGCGUGCUGUUUUCAAUAGAGACCUGCACUGCGUCCAGAUCUGUAACACAAAUACCAAAAUCCUGCACCUGGUGACAUACAUGUAUGCAGAUAUUGGGGGGGGGGCAUAAACUACAAUUUUACACAGGUAUCGCUGCUCAUUGUGCAAGAACUUUUUUCGUGCUAGAAAAAAUCAUGCGUAACGAGAUCAGUAAAAUGUUUACAGCAUGUGAAUGCAGCCUGAAACUGGAGAAGUCUUUGCUGUAUCUUUACUUUGGGAAAACGGGGGGGGGGGGGGGGGGCUCCUAAUAUCGGUUUCAUAUUGAGAAAGUAUAGUGGAAUUUCAGUGCGCAAAUAUUUUGGUAUGGUAGCAGAAUUUCUCCUAAAAUAUUUUUGGCCCACCUUUUUUUACAUGCUUGCUCUUCCAAUUUAAUGCAUUAAAGUAGUUGUAUAGGUUUUAAAAAAAAAAAAAAAAAAAAAUCUCUAUGCUUGCCUGCUCUGUGCAAAGGAAUUGCACAGAGCGCCCCUGAACCUCCUGUUCUUGGGUCCCCCCACUGGCACUCCUGGCUCCUCCUCUGUCCAGUGCCCCCACGGGAAGCUGCACUUUUGCAUGCUCACUCCCAAGCCCCUCUGCUGUGUCUGCUCCCUCAUUACUGGCUUUGCUUGACAGCAGCAGGUGCCAAUGGCUCCUGGUGCACCAGCAAAGUCGGUGAGACCAGGAAGUGAGGGGAGAGAAGAGCUGCAGACGUGCACAAUGCUGGAUCGAACGAAGGGCACAGGUAAGUAAAAGAGGACUGAGGGGGGGGGGGGGGGAUACUGAUGCCUAAACAUUUUUUUACUUAAUGCAAGGAAUGCAUUAAGGUAAAUGUUUAGGCUUUAGAACAUCCUUUAAAUGUAGAAAUGUGUAGAUCCAGUGCUUGUUAUAAGUUAUCUGCCUACUGGGAAUGUAAUGUUUUCAGUUAGCCCACUUUAGACUUGUUUUGUAAAAAGUAGAGAUGAACUAAGGAUCGGGCUGAACUCUGGCCUGAACCCAAAGGAAACUGAUGAUAGCAGACUAUCAGCCAUGUGGUCAUAUUACUGUAGGUCAAUGAUUACCCCAGCAUCCCCGCUCCCUUGUUACAUGUGGCUGCGGGGCAGGGAAAUCCACAGCCGCAGCUGAUGGGGCCAGUGGCCUACUAUCGUGGGCGAGUUCAGCCUGAACCUUGGCUCAUCUUUGAAAAGUAACAGUCAAACAUAACCGCCUUGUAGCGCUGCAAAGUAGGAAGAGCAGCCUGCAUAUGUCGUGAGAAAAUGACUGCCCCAUGUAUAUGUAUAUUAUGAAGACAAGGCUUUAAAACUAAGCUUUACAUCAUGCUGUAUUUUAAAUACUAUACAUUGCCUUGUAAAAAGGAAUCUGUUUUAAAACUUUUUAAAUGCAGACGCAAAAAUGACAAUCCUGCUUAAAUUAACAAAUCGUACCCAAUGUGUAAAUUGUUUCAAAUCUCAUGUCUAUAUAUUUACAAAUGCAUGUUUACCAUGGGCAAGCUAUAUCUGCCGUCUGCUCCCUGCUUAAUAUUGCUGCACAGUAAUCAUAAGAUCUGGCUAAAUGAUCUAAUCUUAGAUGUAGCAAGCCUUCUGUCUGCAUUGCUUGCUAUACAAAUAUCCUUUUAUAGGCUAAAUUUAUGAGUAAAGAAGAGACAAAGGUUAAACUGUUAACUCAAAACAUGUACUUGCUUUUAAUGCACCAAAGCUUCACUUCAAGUAAUAGAUCUCAAAACUGACGAACAUUUUAAAUCCAAUUAAAAGUUAGAAUUUUAGAAAUGUUUACAACCUGCUUUCCUUGCAAUGUGAUUGACUCAAUAUACUCCUAACAGACUUGAAGGAUAACUAAACUCCAGCACAAUUUUCUUUAUAUAUUACAGCUUACAGUCCUUGGAUGUGGUGGCUGCAUUAAUUUUCUCUUGGGGGGGGGGGGGGGUAUAAGCAUGUUUGUAAUCCAUAUAUGGAGAGCAGCCAAGGGCGACCACCAUGGUUUCCUCCAUAGAUCAGUGGAGGAGUGACGUAGCCACCCAGGGACAGGAAGUGUUAUUUGCAGGAUCACCAGGGGAAUAUAAAGCAAAAGAAGAUGGAUAAAGAAAAAAUAAACAAAUGCAGCCACUGCACAAAGGACUGGUAAGCUGCAAAAUUAUUACGUUUUUGGUUUAGAUGCAGAUUAGACUUAAAAGUGGAUGUAAACA